UACACUUCAUGGAGAAUGAGAUGGAGUACGGAGAAACAGUCUCUCAAAUUAUUCAAGAGGGGACAUUACUGCUCAUUAUGUGCUGCCUCAAAAUCCCCAGGUGGUGGUGCAAAAACAUUUUGGAUUGAAUGUCACUGCUGCAAGUGGUGGUUUCAUGUGGCAUGCCUUUCUGUGUCAGAGAAGCAGUUCAAAAAGGCUCAAAAGGUUGACUGGAGGUGCUGCCUAUACAGGAGCCUGUGGUUUCCUACUCUGAAUGCUGUUCGAGCCAUGUCGACUUCAGGAGGCCCCACUCCACCCUUCACCACCCUGUCAGUCACCCACCCCGCCAAUCACAUCACUCAUGUAGAGCUGCACCGACCGGAGAAACGCAACGCCAUGAACAAGGCCUACUGGAGUGAAAUGAUUGAAUGCUUUAAUCAGAUUGCUGAAGACUCAAAGUGCCGUGUGGUGGUGUUCUCGGGUGCCGGGAAAAUCUUCACUGCAGGUAUUGACCUUAUGGACAUUGCUGGUGAUUUGCUGCAGCCCCAGGGAGACGAUACAGCCAGGAUAGCAUGGUAUCUUCGCCACAUCAUUUCCAAAUACCAAAACACGUUCUCUGUCAUUGAAAAGUGUCCAAAGCCCGUGGUGGUGGCAGUGCAUGGUGCGUGUGUGGGAGCAGGAGUGGAUCUAAUCACAGCCUGUGAUAUUCGUCUGUGCACGCAGGAUGCCUGGUUUCAGGUGAAGGAGGUCGACAUUGGCCUGGCAGCAGAUGUGGGAACACUGCAGCGUCUCCCUAAAGUCAUUGGCAGUCGUAGCUUGGUGAAUGAGUUAGCGCUUACUGCAAGGAAAAUGUACUCUGAUGAAGCCAAGAGCUGUGGACUAGUCAGUCGUGUGUUCCCUGAUAAAGAGUCAAUGAUUGCUGGAGCUCUGGAAAUAGCAGGUGAGAUUGCAGGCCGGAGUCCCGUCGCUGUCCAGGGAACCAAAAUCAACCUCCUCUAUUCCAGAGACCACAGUGUGAUUGAGGGCCUAGACUACAUGGCUACUUGGAACAUGAGCAUGUUGCAGACACAGGAUCUUAUGAAGUCAGCACAGGCAGCCAUGGAAAAGAAGAGCCCGAAAGACGUGCCCUUCUCCAAGCUUUAAAGUAGAAGGAGAAGAUCCAGGGCUGUUGAAGCUGCCUGCUGAAUCAGCAGUGGAACUGAGACUUCAUCAUCCACAUAUCUUUAGUUCUUCCUGCUAAGACUGAAUUUCUUUUUAGUCUUUUUAAUUUCAGACUGGUCAAUAGACUGAUUAGUGGAAGUGAAAUGAUAGAUGAACUUUUAAUUAUUUGGUUUAUUAUUUGCAGGUCCCUUGUUCAGUAAGACAGGGUAACUAAUACUCAAAAGCUUGUUUUGUGUGUUAACAUGUACAGUAGAUGUACAUAUUUUCUUCUGGUCCUGUAUGACUGCAGAAUGUAGUGCAGUUAACACAUUAAAUUUCCUUGGAUGCUCACUUUUAAAUCUUUAUUAGGAAUACAUGUCACGUUUUGUCUUCCAUUUGUGAUUUACAGAUGAACACCUAAAUGUCUCGUUGCCUUAUGUUUGUGAAUAAAAAAAAACAAACGAUGUAA